GAUCAGUCAGAAAGAGAAAUCCGGCAUCAUCUGUGACAGUCAGACACUGGAACGAAAAAUGCCAGUGAAAUGUUGUUUCUACAGGUCACCAACCACAGAAGCAAUGGCGUGGUCUGAAAAUAUGGACACACUUUUAGCCAACGAAGCUGGUCUAGAUGCUUUUCGAACAUUUCUAAAAUCAGAGUUUAGUGAAGAAAACGUUGAAUUCUGGCUUGCCUGUGAAGACUUCAAGAAAACAGAAAGUGCAGAAAAAAUUGCUUCCAAAGCCAAGAUGAUUUAUUCUGAAUUCAUUGAAGCUGAUGCACCUAAAGAGAUUAACAUUGACUUCAGUACCAGGGACCUAAUCUCAAAGAAUAUUGCAGAACCAACUCUCAAAUGCUUUGAUGAGGCUCAGAAAUUAAUCUACUGUCUCAUGGCCAAGGAUUCUUUUCCUCGAUUUCUAAAGUCAGAGAUUUAUAAGAAACUGAUAAAUAACCACCAGGUUGAAAAUCAUAAGAAAUGGCUCCCUUUCUUGUGAACAAGUUGCAAUCAAAGGCUAUUCCUGCAAAGAAGUCAAUGCCAAUUGAAG